AUGGUGGUCGCCAUUGGCUUCGAGGGCAGUGCCAACAAGCUGGGCAUCGGUAUUAUGCGCGAUGGGGAAGUGCUGGCCAAUCCUCGCGUCACCUACAUCACGCCGCCCGGAGAAGGGUUUCAGCCUAGGUUUACCGCAGCACAUCACCGGUCUCGAAUCGUCGAGUUGACCAAAGAAGCGCUGAAGAUUGCUGGCCUGAAGCCCGAGGAAAUCGACGUCAUCUGCUUCACCAAAGGUCCCGGAAUGGGGGCACCUCUAGUCUCUGUGGCACUGGUUUCUCGUACCUUGGCGCUUCUGUGGAACAAGCCAAUUGUUGGCGUGAAUCACUGCAUUGGUCAUAUUGAAAUGGGUCGACUUGUGACUGGGGCGGAGAACCCAACGCUUCUGUACGUCAGCGGCGGUAAUACACAGAUAAUCGCCUACAGUGAAAAGAAGUACCGAAUUUUCGGUGAAACCAUUGACAUUGCUAUCGGAAACUGCCUGGAUCGCUUUGCACGCGUACUCAAGCUUUCAAACGACCCCAGUCCGGGCUACAACAUUGAACAACUUGCGAAAAAAGGAAAGAAACUAGCACCCUUGCCGUAUGUGGUCAAAGGAAUGGACGUAUCCUUCUCUGGUCUGCUUUCAUUCAUUGAGUCAAAGGCCUCAAAGUGGCUAGAAAGCGGAGAAUACACACAGGAGGAUUUAUGCUUUUCUCUGCAAGAAACCAUGUUUUCAAUGCUAGUGGAAACAACCGAGCGAGCAAUGGCCCACACCGGCUCAAACGAAGUGCUCAUAGUUGGCGGUGUAGGCUGCAAUUUGCGUCUUCAGGAGAUGAUGCAGCGAAUGGCCGAAGAGCGAGGCGCCAAGCUCUACGCUACUGAUGAUCGCUACUGCAUUGACAAUGGAGCCAUGAUAGCCUAUGCCGGUCUGCUCAGCUACCAAUCAGGCCAGACAACACCGUUUGAAGAGACCUGGUGCACUCAACGUUUCAGGACCGAUGAGGUCGAUGUUACCUGGAGAAGCUAA